UCAGGUCCCAGGGGGCAGCUCUGAUCUCUGGGCCACAGGCAGUAGGGGAAGAAGCUUGACACCAGGUUGGCAGCAAACUCACAAGCUCUGUGAGGUGCAGAAGCCACAGUCAUGGCUCAAGGGCUUCCUAAAGAGCAGGUGGAAGAAUUCCACGCAGCCUUCUCCAGGUUUGACAAGGAUGGGGACGGGCACAUCAAUGUGCAGGAGCUGGGCGACGUGAUGAAGGCGCUGGGCAAGGACCUCUCGGAGGAGGAGCUGAAGGCGCUCAUUGCCAAGGUGGACACAGAUGGUGAUGGCACCAUCAGCUUUGAAGAGUUCCUGGCUGCAGUGACCAGGCACAUGAAAGGGGCCAGCACCGAGGAGGAGCUGCGAGCCGUCUUCCAAGCUUUUGAUACGAAUGGCGAUGGCCAUAUCACCGUGGACGAGCUCAAGCAGGCUAUGGCCCAGAUUGGGGAGCAGCUUUCCCAGGAGGAGCUGGACACCAUGAUCCGUGAAGCUGACGUGGACAAGGACGGCAAGGUGAACUACGAGGAGUUCGUGCGCGUCCUUAACCAGAAGUGAGGCUCCUGGGGCGUUAGCCUGCCCCACGUCUGUCUGCCUGGUUCUGGCCCAUGGGGCACUUGUUCCUUCAGGGAAGGGGACCCUGCUUUUGUGGUGGCACUGCGCAGCAGAAGUCUGUCUUGGUGGAUGGGAGAUUGCCCUGAGGAUAAGGAAGACUGCUCUCCUGGUUGUGGAUGCUGUGCCAUCCAGGCCUGUUCGCUAGCGCCCCCCUGUCUGCUGAGACCCUGGGCAAACGAUGGUUUCUUUAAACUGGUCCUUUUUCUCCUCAUGGUGGGAUGGUGCUUCCUACCUCUUGGGGCUUUUGUGAUGGUCUAAAUAAAAGGAAUGCAAAUUCUA